AUGUCGGCCAUAGAAUAUCGCUAUUCUACUCUUCUGACUCCAUCUCAAGAUGAGACUGGUGGCCUUUGUGAUGGCAUUCCCGUACGCAAGCACAUCGACAGUGAUCUAGAAGAAAUUGGAACAUUCAAGGCGCAGCAAGACUGGAUGAAGUACGUUCAAGAAGUACAGAACUACAAGGGAGGCCUAGGUCCUAAGCAUAGUUUUAUGGCCGUCUCACUCCCAGAAUGUCUACCUGAUAGGUUCGAGAUUGUUUCGUAUGCAAAUGAGUUUGCAUUUCUCCAUGACGAUGUUACGGAUAUACUGGACCAAGAAAAUGCCGACAUCGAGAAUGACGAAGUAUUGGAGGCAUUUCUGGAAGGAGCGCGAAACGGUAGCAUUGAUGCAUUAAAGUGUGGGAAGCGUCGAAUGCAAGCGAAGAUAUUAAACACGAUGAUUGCUAUCGACCGACCACGAGCGAUGGUUGCCGUGCGUGCCUGGGCUUCCUUCAUGGAGCAAGGAGCCGGACGGCAGCACCAUCGUCGAUUCUGUGGCCUAGAUGAAUAUCUACCCUACCGUUGCGAAGAUGUUGGACACAUGUUUUGGUAUGCACUGGUCACAUUUGGGUGCGCCAUAACCAUCCCAGAAAACGAGACAAGUUUGUGUGCGGAACUUGUGGUUCCUGCUUUGACAGCAGCGAGUCUUACGAAUGAUCUUUUUUCUUACGAAAAAGAACUUGAAGCUGCUCAAUUGGCAGGACUUCCAGAUGUUGUCAAUGCUCUUUGGGUGCUCAUGCAUGAGCACAAUAUCUCGUUAGAGGACGCAAAGUUGAGAUGCCGUUUGCGUAUUAAGAAAGAAGUAAUGGAGUAUUCUCGCAUCGUCAAAGAAACCUUGGUUCGAAAUGAUCUCUCAAAGGAAUCGAAAAGUGUCCAAGAUAUAAUAAAACAGCACAAUACAAUGAGCGCCAAUUACAACGGGCAAGGCAGGGAAUCGCAGAAAAGCAUACCCUCGGAACGUCCCAGAAUGGCUGUCUGGCACAGGCGCGGGGGUCUUGCGCGCCACACAGCAAUGUGA